AUGGAAUCUUCAGAUGAGGAGGGUGAGGUUUUUUUUGAUGUUGUCAGUGAUUAUGAGUUCAUUAAUCAGGAGGACCAUUAUGUUUCAUUUGCAUAUUUGCCCCUUCUAUGGCACAAGGACGACUAUUUUGAUGAUGUAAACCUUAAGAUAUUUUUAUCUGGUACUUGUGAUGAUGGCCUUCAAAAGAUUUAUAAACAAGUUGUAGCCUGGAGGUAUGAGAUUUCCUGUGUACAACCUGAGAUUUUGGUGCUGUGCAAGGAUAACCAUUGGGUUAAGCUUUUGAAGCCAAGAAAGGUUUUUGAGGCUAUGAUUAGAUCAAUAUUAAUCACAAUCCAAUGCCUUCAUUUUGUCAAACAUAAUCCAACAGCAACAAAAAAUUCUAUGUGGAUUCACUUGUCAAGAGUAUUUAGCACAUUUGAGAUUGCCCCGUCAGAAGUUGACUGUAUGAGUCAUAUUUCAUUGAUUAGAAAGGCUGCUGAACGUGACAUAACGCUUAUGAAUUCCGAGAUUAUGCUUGGCAUUCUAUUGGAAAAGUCUACAAAGGGGAAAGUGCUUCAAAUGGAAGGAUUACAGAGUAAGAGGUCAACAAAAUUUAUUGUCAAUGAAUUUGUGGAUAAACCUUGUGAACUAAAUGAUUCAGUUAACGAUGGGGAUGAUCUCUUUGAUACUUGUUGCUCAAUUUGUGAUAAUGGCGGUGAUAUUUUAUGUUGUGAAGGAAGGUGUAUGAGGUCUUUCCAUGCAACUUUGGCUUCUGGGGAGGGUCUAUGUGAAAGUCUUGGCUUAUCAGCAACACAAGUUGAUGCUAUUGCUAAUUUUUUCUGCAAGAAUUGUCAAUAUCAACAACAUCAAUGUUUUAUAUGUGGAAAGUUGGGCUCGUCUAAUGUAUCAUCUAGUCCAGAGGUCUUCCCUUGUAUUGCUGCUAAUUGUGGCAGAUUUUAUCACCCUAGAUGUGUCUCCAAAGCUCUUUACCCACAAAAUGAUAUUCAGCUGAAGAAACUUCAAAAGGAAAUAGCUUCAGGAGAAUCCUUUACUUGUCCAACACAUAAGUGUUAUAUUUGUAAACAAACGGAGAAUAGAGAAGUUGGUGACUUGCAAUUUGCAGUUUGUAGACGUUGCCCUAAAUCUUAUCAUAGGAAAUGCUUACCAAGAGAAAUUACUUUUGGAGGAAACGGAAUCUUACAAAGAGCUUGGGAUGGUCUACUACAAAAACGUAUCUUGAUAUUUUGCAUGGACCAUGAAAUCGAUCCUUACCUUGGAACACCACUAAGGAACCAUAUAUUUUUUCCUGAUACUUCUAAUCUACGAGAACGUGUUUUAGACCAACAUUUGAAUAGAGUGAAUGUCCAUCCGAAGAAACAAAACUUGAAUCCUGUGCCUGCAAUUGUUGAACGGAAAGCUGUACUACGAGCUGAUAAAUUAUAUUCUAGUCAUAAAGGGAUUAUUUCGACACAACAAGUUGGAAAAGGAUCUAGUAACCCUAGUUGUAAUGCCCAAAUUAGAAAAUUUAGUAGCAUAGCCUCCACGCGCAAGGAUCAUGUCAAUCUUUGUCGAAAGCCGCUUGCUUUGGGGAUUAAAAGUACUAUUAGAAAAUCAUCUGAGAAGAGUAGGUUUGAUUCUGAAAAAUACAAGAAAUCAAAAGCACUGCAACACUAUCCUGACUAUUCUUGCAAGAAACUAAAAGUUGUUCAAUCAGCUAAGCCUCUGAUAGAGAAGCAACGCUGCAUAAAUUCUCCCGUCGACAUAAAUAUGGAAAGAAGGAUAAAUGCUCUUAUUGAAAAAGUUGACUCUGAUUUUAAUGUGGAUGAGUUCAAGAAGCAACAAGUUGUUCCUUCUGUGUACAAGACUUCUCAAAGUACCUUAGACAAGAGCCUGACGAAGGUUAAAGUUGAGGUUGCAGUCAAGGCUGUUCAAACAGCCUUGCAGAUGCUUAAUAACGGUGGCACGGUUGAAGAUGCAAAGGCUGUUUGUAGUGUAGAGAUGCUUCAACAGAUCCCAAUGUGGAAGAAAAAGCUUGACAUUUUUCUCGCACCAUUCUUACAUGGCAUGGCAUACUCAUCCUAUGGACGACACUUUACGAAAUUGGAAAAACUUCAAAAGAUUGUUGAAAGGCUUCAUUGGUAUGUCCAAGAUGGAGAUAUGAUUGUGGACUUUUGUUGUGGUGCUAAUGAUUUUAGCUGCCUGAUGAAAAAAAAACUGGAUAGCAUUGGGAAGAAUUGUCAUUUCAAAAAUUAUGAUCUUUUUCAAGCAAAGAAUGAUUUCAAUUUUGAGCAAAGGGAUUGGUUUACUGUAAAUCCAAAUGAACUUCCAGAAGGGUCUCGGGUGAUCAUGGGAUUGAAUCCUCCUUUUGGAUACAAAGCAUCACUGGCUAACCAGUUUAUCAAUAAGGCCCUUCAGUUCAGACCAAAACUUCUCAUUCUUAUUGUCCCACCAGAAACACACAGGCUUGAUGUUAGGACUGACUGGAAGAGAUAUGAUUUGAUUUGGGAGGAUCCACAUUUACUUGCUGGCGAGUCAUUUUAUCUUCCUGGAUCUAUUGGCACUGACGACAAUCGACUUUCACAAUGGAACAAGAUUACGCCUCCCCUUUAUCUUUGGAGUCACCCUGAAUGGACAUUGAAGCACAGGGAAAUAGCCAUCAGAUCUGGCCAGAUUAAGCCUUCUCAGCAGCCUACAUGGAUCUAUCCACUUCCAGAACAACAUGAUUGUUAUGGUGAUUUUUCCAAUUUGAUGAAUAUGUAUGGAAAACUUCCUGCUAUGCUUGAUGAUAUUCCGGAACACAAUUAUGACCAUGAGCUCGGUGAGCACCAACUUAGUAGGAAUUUCAAUAUGAGCAAUGGUGCUGCUUUUGACAACUCAAGCAGUCUACCAAGUUUUGUGAAUCCAUUGACAAUGGACGGUGCAGGAGCAGGACGAUUGUAGACUGAUGUUUACUUCUCUCAUGUUGAUGAAGACAUGGAUAUUUCCCCAUAGCGUCUUUUAUUGCUUUAGCUUAGAAUUGGUUCUCUUGUGAUAUAGUCUAGCAGUCCUCAAGUCGGUUGUAUAUUUACUCGUGUUAGCUUUCUAGGCACGUGAGCCUCAUUAUGAACUCUAAUUGUCCUUAACCCUAGACUGAAGUAAGAAUGCUUUUAGCUUGCCUAAGGGAGGAUUGCGUCGAAUCUUGACCCCAGCACUUACCGCUCAUUUGAGGUUAGAAUGGAUGGAAAGAUCUUUGAGAGAGGUGAUGGUAGAAAAUUCCCAUUAGUUUUGGUUUUUAUUUUUGAUGUUUUACCAUUGACAUUUUUGUCUUUCAUUGUUUACUAAAAAAUUAUCUCAAAA